ACUAAACUCGUCCUCCAUGUUUGGGGGCGGGGCCCAAGUUUUGUGCGUAACUGUGCGUCUGACGUCAUCCCCCUUAGUAACCCUCGGCGGCGUCUCCAGGAGAGAAGGCAACAAGAUGGGAUUGCUGUCCAUCCUGCGUAAGCUAAAAAGCACACCAGACCAGGAGGUGAGGAUACUGCUGCUGGGUCUGGACAACGGCGGGAAGACCACCCUGCUCAAACAGCUGGCAUCUGAGGACAUCAGCCACAUCACCCCCACACAGGGAUUCAACAUUAAAAGCGUCCAGUCUCAGGGUUUUAAACUGAAUGUUUGGGACAUCGGAGGUCAGAGGAAGAUCAGGCCGUACUGGAGAAACUACUUUGAAAACACCGACGUGCUGAUUUAUGUCAUUGACAGUGCUGACAGGAAGAGAUUUGAGGAGACGGGUCAGGAGCUGGCCGAGUUAUUGGACGAGGAGAAGCUGAGCGGCGUUCCGGUACUGAUCUUUGCAAACAAGCAGGACCUGCUGACAGCCGCCCCGGCCUCCGAGAUCGCAGAGGGCCUCAACCUGCACACCAUCCGGGAUCGCAUGUGGCAGAUUCAGUCCUGCUCCGCCCUCACUGGUGAGGGGAUUCAGGAGGGCAUGAACUGGGUCUGCAAGAGCGUCAACUCCAAGAAAAAAUAGUUCCGCUUCUAGUCUUCUGCUUCUCAGGAGGAACAGCAGCAGCAGCAACACAUACACUGACACACACCACACCCUCCUGAGCCUUAGUACGAUGGGAUAUACCUGUGAAUGUAAACACACUACUAAUACAACAUGGACCUGGAGUUUUUAACCCCCCGCACUCCCGAACGGCCGACUAACCUCGACACAUCUUCCCACGAAGAGGAGGGCGGUUUGACUUCAAAGGGAACAACAUGCCAGGAAAUCAACCUCCUCCGCCCCAGACGACCCACGUCACCAUCACUGUCCCGGCCAAUCCACAGCCGCCAUCCACGGCCCGUCACAACCUCAAACAUUCCCGUUAAAACUGCUGUCUUCUAACUGGAAUUCCCGCUUGUUCGUUAAACUCUUUCACACACUGUCCUGGAAACCAAACCCUUGCCUCCGCCUCCAUCUCCGUCUCCUCACAGGUUGCUAUGUGUUGUUUUUUUUUAUCAUUCCACGAUGGCUGUACGCUCUUUUUCCUGCUAUGGCUCUGUUUGAAGUGAGGUAUAUUUUUGUAACUGUUUUAUUUAUGGUGAAGUAGAGCGUAGAGUGCUUUCAAACAACAGCAGGUGUGCUGUGUGCGUGAUCUAAAGGAUGUUGGCUCCCCACUAAAGAAGAUGAUGUUAAUAUGUAUAAAAAAAAAAGUAAGAUUAAAUGGUUAAAACGAACUACGUUUUUGAUUCAAGUGUAAAUAGCCCGGCCCUGUGGUCAUAUGUUACGUUAUGCACAUGUUAUAGAGUAUAUGUUACCCUGCUGUAGUCUAUAAUGUCUGCAUAUCUAAUAUAUGCUGAUUUUUAACAGCGGUACUGUAGGUCCCGAUGCAUUUCUUCGUGCUCGUUGGGUUUGUGAGGGAAUUCACUCUUUUUGGUGUUUCCUUUUGAUAUUCUUGAAUGUAAUCUGUCCAGAAUUGAAGGUACUGUAUGCGAAUAAAAAGACAAGAAAUUCA